UUCCCUUCAUAUGGUCGUCCGAACCGCAGAGAGAGGGAGGGAGAGAGAGAUUACAUAGACAUAGAAACAGAGCAUAUGAAGCAAACGCAAGUCCAAGCUCUCAUAUUUCUAUGCACAGUCACAAUUGCCUCAUCAGAUAUACUGCCAGGAUCUACUCUCUAUGCAUCUGAACCAGCCCAAGCCUGGUCGUCGCCGACCAACACCUUCUCUCUUGGUUUCGCACCUACCGAACCCGCGACGAAUCCCCCGACGUUUGCUGCAGCCAUCGCGUACUCCGGAGGAGUGAUUGUCUGGUCCGCAGGCCAUGGCGCGACCGUGGACUCUAUGGGGUCCCUUCAGUUCCUUCCCUCGGGUAAUCUCUGCCUUGUUAAUGGCUCGGGAAUUGUCAUCUGGGAGUCCAACACAGCCGACCGUGGAGUCUCCUCUGCAUCUCUCGAUGAUUUGGGGAACUUCUCCCUCAAGACUGGCGAUGUCUCCGUCUGGUCCUCCUUCCAAAAUCCCACUGACACCGUCUUGCCAGGGCAAAACUUCUCAGCAGGCAUGGUUCUGAGAUCUGGGCCGUAUUCAUUCACUCUUCUCAGGACUGGCAAUCUCACUCUGACGUGGAACGACAGCACAGUGUACUGGAACCGCGGGGUGAACUCGUCCGUCGACGGAGACCCGUGGAAGAUCUCGAACCAGACACAGGUUCAGAAUUUCUCUGUCAAUUUGCGUUCGCCUAGUUUAGGACUGCAAUCGCUAGGGAUUCUGUCGGUUUCCGAUCCGAUGCUCGAAAAUCCCGCGAUCAUGGCUUAUAGUAGCGAUUAUGUAGAAGGGAGAGACAUAUUCAGGUUUCUGAGGCUGGAUGGGGAUGGGAACUUGAGGCUUUAUAGCUUUGCCAGAGGGGGUGGAACAACUACCAUGACUUGGGCAGCCGUGCCUGAUCGAUGUCAAGUGUUUGGUUAUUGUGGACAUAUGGGGAUUUGCUAUUACAAUGACUAUGACUACGAGCCUUCCUGCGAGUGCCCGUCUAUGAAUUUCGAGCCAAUUGACGAAAAAGAUAGCAGAAAAGGGUGCAAGAGGAAGGUGGAGAUUCGAGCUUGUCCUGGCAAUUACACCAUGUUGGAGUUGAAUCACACCCAGUUCCUGCAGUACCCUACUCAAGAUCCUGCAGAAGCCAGCAGAUCGCAAAAAGCUUUUGCAGCUAGCUUGUCGUCUUGCGGGAUGAAUUGUCUUGGAAGCAACUCUUGUGUAGCAUCAACUUCCAUGAACGAUGGAACGCGCGAAUGUUACACCAAGUCGCUCGGUUUCCUCAGUGGGUAUCGUGCUUCGAUGCUUCCGAGCACAUCGUACAUCAAGGUCUGUGGACCCGUGCUCUGGAACGCACCAGAUAACGGCAAGAGCGAUUACUCGAGAUUGCCUGCGAGUGUUUUCGUUCUUCUCGUUUCGGCUUCCCUUCUCGGGUUUCUUAUGUUCCAAGGUGGGGUAUGGCUGUGGUGUCGUGGUAAUGGUGCCAAGUUUGGGCGGUCAUUGCCGCAUUAUGCUCUUCUGGAGUAUGCGUCGAGCGUGCCGGUACAAUUUUGUUUUAAGGAGCUAUGGAGAUCGACAAAUGGUUUCAAGGACAGAAUAGGAGCAGCAGGAGGAUUUGGUAUUCACUAUAAAGGGACUCUCGCGAAUGGAACUGUCAUUGCUGUGAAGCGACUCGAAGGAAUCGAGCGGGGCGAGAAAGAGUUCAGGGCUGAGGUCACGAAAAUCUGUUGCACCCACCAUUUGAAUUUGGUCAGAUUGAUUGGUUUUUGCUCCGAGAGGACUAAUAGACUACUGGUAUAUGAGUUCAUGAAGAAUGGUUCCCUCGAUAGCUUUCUCUUCGUUGCGAAGGAAAAUUCGGGCAAGCUACUGAGUUGGAAUCAGAGAUUCGACAUUGCCGUCGGCGUCGCGAAGGGCAUCAGGUACCUACACGAGGAGUGCCAAGAACCCAUAAUUCACGGAGACAUAAAGCCAGAGAACAUCCUUUUGGACGAGAGCUACAAUGCCAGGGUAUCGGAUUUUGGCCUCGCAAAGCUUUUGAAUCCAGGCGACGACACCGGCCCGGCUUUGCCCAGCAUCAGAGGGACGAGAGGAUACCUAGCCCCCGAACAGCUUGCCGACCAGCCUGUGACGUCGGAGUCGGACGUCUACAGUUUCGGAUCGGUGUUGCUGGAGAUGGUGGGCGGCAGGAGGAACUUCGAAGCCUCGGCCGAGACAAGCGGGAGUAAGUUCUCCGAAUGGGCUCGCGGAGAGCACGAAGGGGGCAAUGUGAGAGGGAUCAUAGACAGGAGGCUUCUCGAGGAUGAUCAGAACGCGGUGGAUUUCGACCAAGCGAGAACAGCCAUUGCGGUGAGCUUUUGGUGCACUCAAGAACGACCUUCGUCGAGGCCAAAGAUGGGGAGAGUAGUGCAGAUGCUCGAGGGAGUCAUGGAGGUUGAGAGACCAAAGCCAUCUCCAAGAUCUGCUGAUGAAUUUGUCUGUACCUAAUUUUGAAAAUGCCUGCAGUAACUUAGUAUUUGUGUACGUGAUACUAUGUUCAAUUAUUGUAGUGACCCAUGAUGCUAUCUUGGUGCCUCGGAA